AUGGCUGCCCCGCAGCUGCUAUCUCGAAGAACGAAUGGAGAAGCAAGCGGCCAGCCAUCGCAUGACACCCCGAAGGCCGCCCGGGUGAAGGCGCCAGCGCAGGGAGAAAAAGCCGUGGUCAGGCGCUUGCCGCCGGCGAUGACGGAGGACGAGUUUGUCGCAAUCCUCGGCGAUGAAUGGAGGGUCGGUCGCGGCAAAGUCGAUUGGUUCUCGUACUGGCCUGGGAAGGUGUCGCAACAUCCCUCGAAACCAUCACAGCCGUCGCGCGCUUACCUUCACGUCACCCGACGAGACGAGUUGACCAACCUGCUCCAAACAGUGCAAUCGGCAACAUGGGAGGACGCCAAGGAGUCAUACAACGAUCCUGCGUUAGUGUCUUCGCCCACCGUCGAGUUUGCGGCCUACAAGAAGAUCCCGGGAGAGAAGAAGCGCGUGGAUGGGCGACAGGGGACGAUUGACCAAGAUCCGGAAUUUAUGGCGUUUCUCGAGGCAUUGGCCAACCCGGAGGCGCACAAGGAGGCGGCAGAGGGUGAACAGGGUCUUGAGGAUACCGGGAAGGGGGAUAAGACCACGACCACACCGCUCGUCGAGUAUCUCAAGGAGAAGAAAGCGGCGAGGGUGAAAGAAGCGGUGGCGGCUAAGAAUGCGAAACACGGGCGCCAGGACUCGCAAGGGACGAAGGGAAAAAAUGCUGUUGCGCUGCCGGAGGAGCCGAAGAAACGCUCCCGAGAGAGUAGAGCUGAGAAGGAGAAAGCGUCGGAGAAGGCACCUGAGCGGCCGCGAGAGUCUGUUAAGAUCCUUACAAAGAAGGCCGCUGCGGCCGCAGAAGCGGCCGCGGAGGCUGCAAAAGCUACGAAAGCUGCUGCCGCCCAGGCCACGCCCAGCGCGUCGUCUACUUCACCGGCUGAGAACCGGGAACCUCUGCCUAAGAGCCGUCGGGCGGGUAUUGCAGCGGCGGCACGGAUACUUCAACGUGAUCUAGGUCUUAGUCCGGGAAAUGCGCAUCGGAAAGCGCGACAGGAAGCGGCAAAGGCGGACUUGGAGGCCAAGGCGGCUGCUGCUCCUAAGGAGAUCACCAACCAACAAACCCCCACGGCAUCUGAACCCGCUAACGUGGCCGAACCAAUAGCAGAAAAUCCUCCAGCAAAGACACAGCCGGCCACAUCGAGUAGAUCUCGAAAUAGGAAGCGCGGCGCUGGCGGGGAUGCGGGCAAGGCAGAAGCGGGGCCCAACGGGAGCGCCGUGGAAGCCCCGGCCCAAACACCCGCGAAGGCACCCAUCACGGUGUUGAAGAAGGAUACUCAGCAAAAGACACCGACCGACUCCCCAUCAACACCCUCUCAAGUUGGAGCAUCUAAAACAGCGGCUUCCGCCAGCGCAGCCGCUCCCCCAGCAACCAAACCUGCCUCCCAAAAACAGGUUGGAUGCUCUAAAAAGGCGCCGGCCCCAGCUAGCCCCAGCUCAGGCGCAACCCGAGCGUUCAUCAAGCACGCCAACCACUCCCAAGGCGUCACCGAGCCGCUUCUCCGCGAAGCCCUCCGGACAUACGGGGCUGUAACCAACGUCGAAAUUGACCGUAAGAAGGGAUUUGCGUAUGUCGAUUUUGCGGAGCACGCCGGUCUUGUCCAAGCCAUGGCUGCCAGUCCCAUAGCUGUUGCGCAGGCAACAGUCCAGGUACUUGAGCGGAAAGACAUGGGUAAGAAGACGUCUUCGGCGACAGGGGCCGGGCCACAACAGCAACAGCAGCAGCCGCAGGAAAAGUCGAAGAAAGCAUCCGCUGUUGAGGCUGCACCUGCAUCGGCUUCUGCGGCCGGUUCUGCACCGGCUAAGGUCCAGCAGGCGGCCGAACCAUUGGCGGAGAAAGCUGCUGCUGGUGGAGAGCCGAGUAAGCGUAGUGCUAGGAGACGAGGGAGGGGUAGAGGAGGGGGUGAUAAGGAGGGCAAGGAUGGGAAGGAUGGGAAAGAAGGCAAGGAGUCAGCGAGGGAGGGUGGAGGGGGGAAGAAGGGGAGUGAGGGGGGUGUCACGGCGGCGGGGACGGGGUGA